UUCGAGUAAAUAAUAUUGGGCUGGUGAUCUACCAGGAUAGGCUCUCGAGAAUAUACGAAAACAUACGAAUAAACGACACAACAUCGCAGUGGAAUUGGUGGAAUUGGUGGAAUAGUAGUUGGUGGAGGUGCUGGACUGUUGGCGCAGUGUGCCAUCAAAAGUUUGAGGUGAUCCAGAGCCCUGAAAGUUGUGGCUUUGGAAUAUCUUGGAGGAUUGCCCUGACAGGUCUUCUAGUGUUGUUUUUUUUAAAUUUUUUUCGUUAUCACCAUAUCCACCACUCAUUACAGAAAAUAAAGUGACGUAUUGAGCGUGGGCUGGACGAGUUGGGAAGUGGCUUGAGUUGUUGAUAAGAAUCAUUUCAUUUUCUACAUCCUUUAUUUUUAUCUCUCUUUAUUUCUAUUGGAGUGUCUCAUGCCAAGUGAACGAGGAUACGAGGUACACAGGAGUGCAAGAGAGAUGACGAUUACACUGUACUCGAGAGAGAACAAAGACUAGUGAGAAAGCCUGUUUUGGAAGCAAGUGUUACGUACCAGUUGACAUCUGAUCAUCUGGUUGUUGUACGCCCUAAGAGAAACGUCGGAACAGAGGACGAGGACACAUGAAGGGACUCAGAAAUACUUCUGACCUGAUAGUGACGUCGGAGGAUUUUUUGUGAUUUUCGCAUAAUUCGAGGAUUACCAGGUGUUUUCAGUCUUCUGGGUGUCAUUACGUCCAUUGUUUGAACGAAUUUAGGAAGAUGUCGUCUCCGAGUGCUGGAAAACGACGCAUGGACACGGAUGUUAUCAAGUUGAUAGAGAGUAAACACGAGGUGACGAUCCUCGGGGGACUCAACGAGUUCUCCGUAAAGUUCUACGGACCACGUGGAACUCCCUAUGAGGGUGGAAUUUGGAAGGUGAGGGUUCACCUGCCUGAACACUAUCCUUUUAAAUCGCCAUCGAUUGGGUUCAUCAAUAAGGUUUAUCACCCAAAUAUCGAUGAAGUCUCCGGUACAGUUUGUCUUGAUGUCAUCAACCAAGCGUGGACGGCUCUUUACGAUUUGUCGAAUAUUUUUGAGUCUUUCCUGCCUCAAUUGUUAACAUAUCCCAAUCCAAUCGAUCCUCUUAACGGUGAUGCCGCUGCGAUGUACCUUCAUAAACCGGAAGAGUACAAGAAAAAAGUCGCAGAUUACGUAAGGAAAUACGCGACAGAGGAAGCACUGAGGGACCAGGAGAACGGGGGCAAUGGGAAUGGCAUGUCUUCAGAUAGUGAAUCCUCCAUGAGUGAUUUCAGCGAGGAUGAGGCACAAGACAUGGAGUUGUAACCAAAUAUUUUGAAAUUCUUCACAACAUCAACACAUGAAUUUCUUCUGUUAACUCAAUCAACGCUUGAGCAAAAAGAGAAGCAAAUAAUUGAGAUGAAAAAUCCUCGGUUUGUGCUGAUAAACGAACAUUCAAUAGCAGCACAAUUGAUUUUUCACUUGAAAUAAUAAAUUCAUUUUUUCAAAAUCGUUCGAUGGAAUUCGCAUUUGCUGUAUCGGUUGUACGAGAAGAGAGAAUUUCACAGCGGAAAUACGAGUUGAAAAAUGAAAAAAAAAUUAUUGUUGAUUUCAAACUACGGAGGUUCUCUAGAUUAAGUUCAUGCAAUAGUCUAUUUUUAGGUAAUAAAUUAUAUUAAAGAUAGUAAUCCUUGAUUAGGGACAAGCGUAGGCAUCUCGACCUUAUUAUUUUUUUACAAAAAUUCUACGCAAAAACAAUCGAAAAAAAAAAAUUAACAAAUAAAUAAUAAUUGUAAUAAUAAUGAUUUCUCAUCUCUCUGGUGAAUGAUUGAGAGAAUCGUGAUGGCUACGCAACUGUUGACCUUGUCAAUACCGAAUUAUUCUCUCUUUAAUCAUUAAAAUUCCUUUGAGAAAACGCACGAUGUUGUGAUGGGCAUGGCACGGACCAAUGGUGUGCUCAUUAUUUUUCCAGUGCAAUACGUAACUCGAGAAAAUAUCGAUAAGUCAUGUCUCAGAAUUUCAAUUUAAACAAUCGUACGAGAAUAUUCUGUUCAAACCAAGGAGACAAUAUCUCUGAAACGAAGGUAAAUAAUGAAAUAUUCGUUAAACGUUUUUUUGCAGAGUUGAUCGAGAGCUGCAAAAAGGUUAUUACAAAAAUUCCUUGCUUUGGAGAUAUUGCGGAAAUGAUACGAUUUAUCUUAGUAAUAACAGCAAUUAUGACAACAAUAAUUCAAGAGAAUUAGCAGGAUAAGGGAUAUAUCUUCAAGGGAUCAAGCAUCUUCUUUGAUGCCUAUAAUUUCAUCCAGUUAUAUUUUAUAUUUAGAAGAAUAUCAGUUGAAUAUUUCCAGUGUUGACGGCGUGAUUUGUAUUGAAAUUCUGAAAUACGUAUUUAAUAAAUAUUUGUUGGAGAUACGUCAUUUGUCCUGGGACAUGUCUAUGAAAAUUACAUGGCGAACAAUUGUUGGAAAAAAAUUAUAAUGCAAGGGGGAUUGUAUAAAUUGAAGUUGGCUCCUCAUCUAUUUUUUUACCUGUCUCAAUGCAUUAUAUGAUAAUUGGAUAUUUGAAAAAAGGCUCAACCGUCUCCUUUUUUUCUUCUGAUCGAUAUCUAUUUGUUUAGUGAAUUUCAUCAAUCGAUCAAUUGUAAAUGAAGAACUCAGUGGCUGAGCCUGACUAUUCGGCAACACAAACUCGCGUGCAUUUCUCAAUGAAAGAAAUCCAAAUUGUAAUUUUAAAAAAUCACUAUAAAUCGGGAUGAUGGUUUCAUACUCGAAGAUCUCACCUAUUAACGAUAUUUUAAUGAAUUACAUAAAUCUCUAUGAUGUAGUGAUUGUUAUUGCAGAAAAUGUUUGUACUCGUAUGCCUAGCAAGAAUAAUAAUUAACUGAGCAGAAUGAUGAAGACAAAAUUACGUUUGGGAUUAACGAUAUUGUUAUCAGUAAAGUUAUGAUGCAAUACUAGGAGAAUGAUUUUUUAAAAUUGCGUUGGUAAAUGGACGUGACUGCCUUGGAUAUCUCAGCAAUAUUUUUCUUUGCAUUCGUAUGUUUUUAAAUUCGGAGUACUCUCGGAUAAUUGACAAGAAUUUUCGAUGAUAUAUUCAAACUGGGAUUUCAAAAGCAUUGAGUAAUGAUUUUCGCGAGGGAUAAACAAUAGGGGAAAUGUGUGCCAUAGGAGAUGCAAAAAUCGGUUUGUUGAAUAACAAAAUGUAUCCAGGGGGUUGCGUGGUAAAUUUUUUCGUACCUCUAUUCUCAAAUGCACAUCGUGUACUAUUGUUCAAUGAUGAUGAUUCAGAGGAAUGAUAAUGUUUCGGAAGGUUGUUGUUUAGAUUGAAUUAAACAAAAUUGAAAAAUUAGUGUCAACUCAUUGAUUUCGAAUUAUCGUAAUAACGAAAAAGAAAUAGUUACAACAA